GUUCAUCGGGCCGACUGCUGCUCCGACCACGCGUUGAAGCUCCUCUGAAGCAUCAACUAAGACUAAGACUAAGCACCUCACCAUCAUUUCUCUAUUGGCGGGACAUCGUCCUUCGCAGGGGACGUGAUUCGAGAGGGAUAACGUCGACCAGUCUGGUCUUGGCCGGUAGUUAUCCUCUUUGGAUCUCUUGACUUUGUCUUCCAGUGCUAUCUAUCAACAAGCCCCUCUAUGACGGACGCCUUCCCGGGCGCCCUCGUGGGGCCCUCUUCGAAGGAGAGGAAGUAUGACAGACAGCUCCGUCUAUGGGCUGCCAGUGGCCAGCAGGCGUUGGAAGAGUCUCGUGUGCUGCUGGUCAACUCGGAUGGUCCCAUUGAUGGCAUGGACACUCCUGUUUCUGGAGUAGUCGGCGUGGAAACACUCAAGAACCUCGUGCUGCCUGGCAUCGGAGGUUUCACGGUCGUCGAUCCUGCAACCGUAACGGAGACAGAUCUAGGAGUGAACUUCUUCCUGGAGGAGGGCAGCUUGGACAAGUCCAGAGCGGAAGAGACGUGCCGGCUGUUGAAGGAGCUGAAUCCUGACGUGGAUGGAAGUUUCUACCAAGAGCACAUAGCAGAACUUCUUCAGCGUCCCGGCUUCCUGCAGGAAUACAAGCUAGUCAUCAUAUCGGGUCCCAUCAAGCGUUCUUCCUUAGAUGCUGUGUGCAAUGAAGCUCGCUCCCUUGGCAUUCCCGUCAUCUACACACGCUCUGUUGGCUUCUAUUCCACUUUCUCCGUUCAACUCCCUGCCGAAUUUCCAAUUGUUGAGACACACCCUGAUCCCGAGUCAACGCAGGACCUUCGCCUGGUGAAUCCAUGGCCGGAGCUCGCCGCUGCUGGUGCUCGGGUGACCGACCUUGACAAGAUGGAUGACCACCAGCAUGGUCACGUCCCUUACAUUCUAUUGUUGUUACAUUACCUCGCGAAGUGGAAGGAGAGCCAUGAUGGCAAGGCCCCAGCGAAUUACAAGGAGAAGACAGAGUUCAGGGAGAUGGUUCGAUCCGGUACCCGCACCAAUAACCCAGAGGGCGGAGAGGAGAACUUUGAUGAGGCGGUUGGUGCUGUGCUAAAGAGUAUAAGUCCUUACGAACUGCGGAGCUCCAUACGCGAGAUCUUCGAGAUGGACCAAUGUGCAAAGCUCACGAAGGACUCGGAUAACUUCUGGAUCAUUGCAUCUGCGAUCAGCGCGUUCUACAAGAAACACGGAGUCCUCCCCCUGCCCGGUUCCCUCCCAGACAUGAAAGCUCAAUCUGCGGACUAUAUCGCCCUUCAGAAUAUCUACAAGACUAAGGCCCGCAAAGACGUUGAGGAAGUCCUGGCGACUGUCCGUGCUACCGAGGCUAAGCUGGGCGAGCGAACGACCCCGGUCACGGAGAAAGAAGUAGAGAUCUUUUGCAAGAAUGCAGCACAUAUCAAGGUCAUCCAUGGCCGCAAUAUCCCACGGAUUGGCAAGGAAGCCACCGAAACUAUCAAGACGAUCAAGAAUAACCUAGCAUUCCCUGAGACAUUGGUGCCCAUCUUCGUUGCCUUCCAGGCUCUGGAUGAGAUCGUUGACGAGAUCCAAGACAACGGUAAAGCCACUGUCUCUCUGGAUGAUGAUGCUGCGUGGGACGCUAAAAUCGAUCGCCUUCUGGGGAUCAUUGGCGUUGAUGAAUCGGAAACCGAAGACUUGCGUGAGCGUGUUGCGAAGGCUUCAGUAGAGCUCCGCCGCGCAGAUGGGGGUGAAUUGCAUAACAUCUCCGCUCUGACCGGUGGUCUUGUCGCCCAGGAGUCGCUCAAGGUUAUCACCAGGCAGUAUGUACCGCUGGAUAACACCUGUAUCUUUGACGGCGUGACAAGUCGCAGUGAGAUGUUGCGGUUGUAACCAUGACACCGUAUUUACUUAGCAUAGCUUAUUGUAAGCUGUUACGACAUGUAAUCUGGCUACAUCGUCCUCUAAAUGGAGAUGUCGCUUCUUAACGAAUGGAUGAAUGAAAUGAGAUCUGAAGAUGGAC